AUGAUAAAAAGUGUGAAGUCCAAAGUAACGCUGUCUCUUGCGUUUUUUCUGUUAACCUGUUUGUCUCCGCAUGGAAAAGCGAAUUGUCAAUCCCUUCUGCCCGUGUCUUACGCAACGCACCAGUUGUACUCGUUUGACAAGUUGACUCCCGUGGAUGUAAAAAGCAACUUGAAGAAGACCUUAGGAAGUUUUAUAACUAGCAAGUUAAAGGACUUACAAAAGAAGUUUUACGACUACAAGGGUUAUGGAACGCAUGGACACGGCAGUAGUGAUGAACAGGGAGAAGCUCUAAGGACGGACUAUGACGCCUCACUCGAAGAAGAAGUGAAAGCACUUCUAGGGCAGGCACAAAACAAAAGAUACCUAUCCAAACGAAUAAAGGACUCGCAUGAUCGUGCUUUGAAAAAUUUAAAAAGGAGUAGCAAUGAAGAAGGAAACGACGAAGAAAAAACAAGAAAAUUGCUGCAACAUAACUUAGAACAAAUAAAUUAUCUAAAUAAAAAAUCGCAUUACCUGGAAAGUAAAGCAGAAGAGCUAAAAAAGCAUUUGAAAAGUGGCAACAAUAAAAAUAACCAUUAUGAACAUCAAGGCAAGAAUUGUGAUAUUUACAAGACGGGAAAAUUAAAAUUUGUGGCUUCAUCUAAUGGAUUAAAACAUUCUAUUGACAAUGUUAAGGGGAGAAUUAACAACUCUGGUUUUACCAUUUUUUACAAAAAUAAAAAAAAAAUGACAUAUUUGUGGAAUGCUUUGGAGCUACCUAUCAAAUUAAUUGGUAAUGUAGAGCAGUGUUUUGUUUUUGCAUAUAAAAAUAAUAACCAAAUUUUAUGUACAGACAAUAAGAUAAAAACAGCUUCUUGGGUUAAUAGUCUGGCAGAGGCCUCCACUUGUUAUCACUUUGGCAUAAGAGGAAUGCUUGUCAAUACAAAUAAUGUUAAAAGUGUGCAGGAGAAGCUGGCUAAAAAUAGGAAAAAUGAUGCGGGUGGUAAAAUGUUAGUAGUCGAUUUAAAGCCCGAGGAGGGAACAACUCGGGUGUUCGUGAAUAACCAAGAGCAGAAGGUGCAGGACGGACAUGAUGGAGUGAUUGAUUUGAAUAAAAUUAAGAAGAACAUGGAGGAGGAGAGGCAGACGAGGCAGAGCACGCGGGAGGAAGUUUCCUCUGGGAAAAACUCUGGCACGGAUGGGGAUGAGGAGGAAAUGGGGGAGGCGCAAGUCGUUGAAGAAGAUGACAGCGGUGCCCAAGCGAGUGACGAGGAUGAAGAAUAA